CACAAAUAAAAAGCUCAAUUCCCAUUAUUCAAAUCUACGUAGGGCAACAGGGUUGAGUAAAACCCUCGUCGGAUUUCCCCUUCUUCACCAAGUCUACAAAUCGGCAGCAGCAGCAGCAGCGAUGCCAGGAUUGGCGUGCAACGCGUGCAACAAGGAAUUUGCAGACGAGGUCGAGCAGAAGCUCCAUUACAAAUCAGAAUGGCAUCGCUACAAUCUCAAGCGGAAGGUUGCCGGUGUCCCCGGCGUCACCGAAGCACUCUUCCUAGCUAGACAAUCAGCCAUGGCUGAAGAGAAACGAAAACUAGAUGAAAGUCCUAUGUUGUAUAGCUGUGUAAUUUGUGGUAAGGAAUAUAGAAGCUCGAAAGCCCACGAACAGCACCUGAAUUCUAAAACUCAUCUACUGCGAGUUUCUGGAGCAACUAGUAGCAGCAACGAGGGAAGCACCGUAAUAAAGCCUCUCCCACGCCGUGCUCCUAAAGAAAAUGUGCGUCGUGUGGUGCAAGAAGAUGAAGAAAGUGAAGAGAGUGAGUGGGAAGAAGUUGAUCCGGACGAAGAAGUGUUGGGAGAAGCUGGUGAUUCGUUGGGAAAGCUUAAGGUAGAUGAGAAUGAGAACAGUGACAUGGACGAGGAUGAAAAUGAUGACGAUGAAUACGAAUAUUUGGAUCCAUCUUGUUGCUUUAUGUGUGAUUUAGAGCACGAUACAAUUGAAAGCUGUAUGGUACACAUGCACAAGCAGCACGGGUUCUUCAUUCCUGAUAUCGAGUAUCUGAAGGAUCCCAGAGGUCUUCUGACCUACCUCGGCCUCAAGGUUAAAAGGGAUCACUUGUGUUUAUACUGCAACGAAAGAUGCCAUCCUUUCACUAGUUUGGAGGCAGUUCGGAAGCAUAUGGAGGCCAAAAGCCACUGCAAAGUGCACUACGGAGAUGGCACUGAAGAAGAAGAGGCAGAAUUAGAAGAGUUCUACGAUUACAGCAGCAGUUAUGUGGAUGCUGAAGGGAAGCAGCUUGUGACGGUUGGGGACACACAGAACACUGUUGAACUUGGCAGUGGUGGAUCGGAACUAAUUAUUACUAGAACAAGCGAUAGGUCAACAGUGACCAAAAUGCUCGGUUCUAGGGAAUUUUUGAAAUACUACCGGCAGAAACCACGCCCGACACCUGCAAAUGGUGCCAUAACCGCUGCCCUAGCCUCAAGGUAUAAGAGCAUGGGACUGGCAACUGUGCAGUCGAAAGAAAAUGUGGUUCGGAUGAAAGUAAUGAAAGCAAUGAACAGAAGUGGUGUAGAAGCGAUGCGCACUAAAAUUGGUAUGAAGAGUAAUGUUAUUCGCAACCUCCCCAAGAAUGUCCCAUAUUAAUUCUUGUCGCUCUUUUGGUUGCUUCGUUUUACUAUCGAAUUCUAUGCUCGAGAACUCGAGUAUAGCUUCAUAUCUUGGGCUUAAGACUUUUAUGACUAAAAUGUUAUGUUGAUUAGAGACUAGUUUGAUGCCAAUGUGUUCAAAGUUUGAUAAUGUUUUGGUAUAAUUUAAAUGUUUUUGAAUCUCA